CUAUUUGAAUUUGAUAUAAGUGCGAUUUUAGCAUUUGUAACAUGCACUUUGCUGGAACUGCUAUCAAGGACUAGCCCUGUCCUAGAAUCUACUAGUUAAAAUUUAUUCUUUAGUAAAGUUUUAAUUGCUAGCUAGCCUUGCCCCUUUGGAGAUCCUAUGGUCAUUGGAUGGUUGGAAAUCACUGGAUGUGCUCGAGUGGCAAGUUUCUAGUACCGCAACGCUAUUACAUUCAGAAGAAACAAUAGUGGCAGUGAACUGCAGUUACGAUAACGGUGAAGUCGUCGUUUUAAGCUGCUACGUUUGGCAUUGAGGUUUUCAAUAAAUAUGGUGAUAUCCCAAUCUCAUUAUGUGCCUCAUUUGAUUACACGCCAUUGAAGAGAUUAUUGAUUGCAAAAAAAGCGUCUUGGUAUCAUGGUUGUGAAAAUAAAUUUCUUAACCGCAAUCUCACAUCUUGGCACUAUGGUGAGAAAAGCUGGUUUUGGUUUGCCUCUGCUUUGAGUGGGCUAAAGCCCAAGAAUGAAUGAUAUUUCAAGUUGAGGAAAAAAAGAAAACAAAGUUAACUAUCGGCAAUAAUCCAAAUGGACCCAAAAGCAAGCUCGAGCUCAAACAACGGGUACCAGAAUGAGCAGAGAUCAAAACCACCCGAAAAUCGAAAUGACCAACCAAAAUAAUAUGAAACCCGAUACAAGCUAAUCCAAACCCGAUUACACCCGCCAUUAAGUGUACAUUAUUUAAGAUAUGUCUGCUCUACUAUUGUUUGGCAUGAAAAUCGGAAGAACGGACACAGUAAAAGAGUAAGGAUACAUCACCAAAAAGAAUUUUCUUAAGAAAAUAAGAAGAAAAUGGAUGGGUAGAAUAACUAAUUUAAAGGAAGGAUCCCAACACUACAGUUCUGGUUUCUGCAAGAGCUCUGUCCAAACCCUAGUCACAGUUUUACCAAAUUUCACAUUUGCUUCCCCAGAUUAUCCUUCGACAUCUUCUAAAGUAAUAUCUUCUGGCUUACCGUACAAGCUCAGAUAAUAGUGGGUAUUUCAUGGCAGGCAAUGGCCUGCCAUCUCUGGGUCGCGUAAAGCUAAGUGAUCUUAUUCCAAGUGAAGGCUUGCCUUCUGAUUCUUACAAAUUAUCAGUCUCCGCUCUAUCACAAUCGCUUGCUCAAUAUUCUGCUGUUAUCAUUCAGUUCUCUGCUAGUGAUGGUGCCCUUUUAAGAUCUGGUUUGGAUUCUGCUAGACUCUAUUUUCAUCAAAGAUCAUCAUCAUACCCAUCAUCUGCAGAUAUGAUUAGUGAUUCUCGUGAAUGGUGCAAAACAUCUGGUUAUUAUGCUGAUCCUCAAUCUUGGCAUGAAACUUAUGAUUAUAGACCUGGUUUAACUCCUACUGAGCUGAAUAAUGCUAUGGAGAUUCCUCCUGCUGGAUUGCCUGAUAUAUUCUCAUUGCUUGGAAAGGCCGCUAGGGAUAUACUCGAUGCUAUUAGUUUCUAUUUAAACUUACGUAGUUCUCCGUUUACUGAAAUACUCGAUAAUGUUCCUUUGAGAAAUCGAGAAAUAUCAUCUUCGGUGUUGUCUGUUUGUUGUCAUGCUAGACCAUCAUUUCAGAAUGCACAACAUCAUAAUUUAACUGCUCAGGAGGACGGUCAGCUUGUUAUGUAUCCUGAUCAUGAGAAUCAAGUCGAUAAGAGCCUUAUAUCUCUUGUUAAGUCAGAUAAGGCAGGUUUACAUGUUAGAGAUUUUCAUGGUCGGUGGGUUCUUUUGGAUGGAGAUCUUGGUCCUCAAGAAGUUGUUGUUUACCCUGGACUUGCCUUAUACCAGGCUACUGCAGGUUAUAUCAACCCUGCAUUGCAUAGAACAGAGAUUAAUAACAUGCAAGGGAACAUGCAUGGACGCUGUUCUUUGGCUUUUAAACUUAUGCCCAAGUCUAUGACCAGUCUCAGUUGUUCAGAGAUGAGAGCAGCUGGUCAUGGGGUUGAAGCUCAGUUCCAGCUACCAGUAUCGGUGGACGAUUUCAUGCAGAGAUCUCACCCAACUGAUCAGCUCUUUAACAGAAAUUGCUUCCAGAGUUUCAAUUUUCCAACAUCUCAUGAUGGAUCUAUGAAGCCCAUGAUGAGGAGAAGGAAGAACAAUUCAAGAUGCAAACCGCUGCCACCUUCAAAGAGGCUAAGGCUUGAGGCCCAGAGAGUUCUCAAGGAAAGGGUUCAGGACAUUGCAGAUAAGAAGGGGAUCAAGCUAAGAUUCUGCAGCCUGAAGGAGUGUGAGAAUCACAUUCAUUCCCUGGAUAGCCCAUGUUCCAAUAUUAGAUUGGAGAUUGGAUGGCCUCCUGGAGUGCCAUUUGUUCAUCCUCAUGAUCUGCCUAACAAGGCUAAGAUUGGUUUUCUCGAAGCAUAUGAGCCUGGGUGGACAGCAACUCAUGGUAUGGAGUUAAGUCUAACUGAACCUGGACAAGGCAGUCAACAGUCGGCCAAUUGUAACUGAAUCAGUUUCCAUAUUUUCCGGUAUGGAGUGAUCCCUGGUCAGCUUCUAGCUAUGUUUGAGAGAAUUUAUCUGCAUGGUUUAUUCUCAGUUGUGGGUUUAAGCAGCUUGUGAUUGCAUAUUGUAGUCAGUUCCAUAAAGUAGUUUAUUUUCUUCACUUUGUUUCCUUUUCAAUGUGCUCUUUGAAGAGCAUAAAGCAGUAUCUUAGAGGAAAUGGAAAAUAACAACCUUGUGUAGAUUUGAAGCCAUAAAGGAGAGCUAUCAAUCUGCGCCUCAUUUCAUGGCAGCUGAUGCAGGCUUGAUGCAGCAAUUUCCAUAAUUCUCCAGAUUCUGAAUUAGUAGAAAAAGCUUUUAGUUUUAAAUGAAUAAGGAGGAAAUUACAGUUUCGAGAUUGUACAAAAAAAAAAAAGAGGAACCGUGGAGUCACAUUCACUGACAAAAUCUUUCCAACGUCUAAUUCACUAGAAUCUGUUCACUCGUUAAUUUCUGUAGCUGCCUCAGGUCUGUACAAAUCUUGAUUGCUAGACCUUGGCAGAUUCUAAUUAUUAACAGUCCGGUUGUGUUCUUGUUCUUGUUCAUGUUCAGUUUAGCAGUAUAUAAUUUAUGAGCGCUGCCAUUCAGUGUCA